UUCUGAGGAAGCCUGUUUUUUGCAACUGUGAGUGUAUAAAAGGUGAAGCUCAUGGCACUCCAGAGUCAGACAGCAAAACUCACAGAGAGGAGAAGUCCUUCAGUCUGGAGAGGAGAGACCAGUUUCACUCAUUUUUAUCAUCUGAGACAAACAUGACGUCUGCUGUCCAGCUCAUCGUUCUUCUGGCCUGCAUCUUCCUCUGCACCUCAGCAGGACCUAUCAUGAGAUGCCGAUGCAUAAAGACGGUCACAGCAGUAAGAUGUGAAUUCAUCAAAGAAGUGAAGGUGCUUGAACCCAAUCAGGCCUGCAAGAACCGCGAAGUGAUAGUCGUCCGGAACGAUAAUAAAGAGAUCUGUCUCGACCUGAAGUCAAGUUUCACCCAAAACCUGCUAAAAAAAGAAAUGAGCAAGAAGAAAGUGUCAACAACAACAACAAGAACAACAACAAGAACAACAACAACUGCAGCUGCAACACAAUCAGCAGCAACAGCAACGUCGUCUGUCUGAAAUCAGUGUCGUUAAAGAUUAGAGGAUCUCUUUUAGGACUGAAUUCCCGGUUAAUCUGCAAAAUGUGACUUUCACAAAAAUCUGUGGAUUUUUACUUUGUUUGAUAUGCACAUUUAGUUUUGAAGGAUGUAAAUACAUAAAUAUUUACAAAUUUGCUUAACUUAA